CUUAAAAAUAAUCAAAAUCAGCUGAUUAAUAUUUGUGAGCUUGACGGUAUAAGUUAUUGUUAUUCGUAUUUCUUUUUCUGGGGUUAAAAAUAUAUCAAUAUGGAAAUUUUAAAGUAACAAAAAUAUACGAAUUAAAAAUAUGGGUGGUUAUUGGGCAUAUUUGCCGUACCCAGCAUUGUAUCAAAUAUUUCAACAUUUAACAUAUAAAGAGCUUAUUUCUGCAGGACAAGUGUGUAAAGUGUGGUAUGAAGCUAGUCUCGACGAUUUAUUGUGGAAAGAAUUGUUCCUCAAAAAUUUUAUUGUGGACAGGUCUAUUCCAGUAGUUGCAGGUAGAACAUGGUAUGAGGAAUUUAACAGGUUAUCUUACCACAUACCAGUUGUACAAACAGAGAUAUUAUUAGAACACUCAGACCAGGUGUUGCAUGUUAGUUUUUCCCACAAUGGAAAGUAUUUUGCUACAUGUUCCAAAGAUGGAUAUGUCAUUCUUUGGAGAUCUAAGUAUCCUGCAAAAAUAAAAUACAUUAGAAAUAUGAAACAUUUUAAAUGGAAAUACACUCAGAACUCACAAUUUAAUGAAUCUGAUACUUUGCUACUUGUAUCUGGAGUACAUUUUGGUACCACUCACAGUACUUCCGGAGAAAUAGCUGUUUUCAAUUUAAGUCAUUUUGAACUGCAAUGUCGUGUAGUGAAUAAGCCAUACGACAUUUUUGGUACUUGGUACAGCGACCAAUAUUUGCUGUCAGGUGAUUUACACUGGUUGGCUCAUUUGGUCAGUACUUCUCAUCUUUGGCUCAAUAGGGCUUCUCAAGAGGCUGAAUCCGAACUAGUUCCAAUUACUCAUUGUCUGUUUAGGUUUUACAAUAGAAAUGCUAGUUCCAUAAGGGCGAUUAUGAUAGCGAACUGUCUACCAAAUUCCGAAAAUGUCGACAGAGAUUUUGAAAACGAGGGUGAAGUCAGCAUGGAACAAGGCUCUUCGUCGGCACCACAACACGGCAACCCUGUCAGUCAUAACGACAUAACUUGGACACCUUGCGAUGUUAGGAGAGCAAUGGCCAGUUCGAUGUUUGAAUCGAUGAAGAAAGAUUUUCCGCAUCCUAUAUGGUAUAAUGCUGAUUAUAGAAAAGUAGAAACUCAAUCCCACUCAAGUAAUGACAAUAAUAGCGACGACGAAGAUAUGCCAGAAAAAGAAAAAGCUGCCGAUGAUUCUGACGACGAUAGUUCAGAAUCUUCAUGCGAGACUGAUAAUGAUAGAUUUGUUCAAACUGAUAAAUACCUAAUCUUUACGACUGGCUACAAAACCUACACACCACACCAAAUAGGCUUCAAACGAAUAAAGCCCUUCACGUUUCCUAAAAGAAUGGAUCCAGGACCAAGUUUAAAAGAAAGAUUGAUACUGUUUGAACAGAGGAAGGAACAGAGUCCGCCUCCUGAUCCUGAUUGGCUCAAUUUUGACCAAGUUGCUGAUAAGUUUGAUAAGGUGGAUCAUUUAAUUGAUCUCCAUGGGCAUAUUGUGGGCAUGGGAUUAAGUCCAGACCAAAGAUAUCUUUACGUUAAUAGUAGAUCGUGGCCCGAAAACUACGUGAUAAGCAAUCCUCUAGAACCUCCGCCGAUAGCACAAGAAAUUGAUAUACACGUAAUAGAUUUAGUGACAUUGAAACAAGUAGGAACAAUGCUCAGGGCACAUAAAGCUUUCACGCCGAAUAACGAAUGUUUUUUUAUAUUUUUGGACGUUUGCAACGAAUAUGUAGCGAGUGGUGCCGAAGACAAACACGGUUACUUAUGGGACCGCCACUACGGCACUUGUUUAGCGAAAUUCCCUCAUCAAGAUGUGGUAAACUCAGUGGCGUUCAAUCCUAAGGACCCGGAAAUGUUGGUCACUACGUCUGACGAUCACUGUAUAAAAGUAUGGCGAUCCAGAGCGAAAGUUGACAGUUUAAAUUUAGAUGAAUCGACAUUUCCAAAAGGUGUCGAAUUAAGAAAGGACCAAAAUUGUAAU